GCUAUGUAAUUUCCAUUUUUUACUUUAAUUUCCUUUAAUUAAUUCUAGUAGCAGUUGAAGCGGAUUACAAUAUUACUCUAUCUUUGUUGAUGUUGACGAUAUACAUAUAUGUUUGUGUGUAUUUGUAAUUGUGAUGUUAUCUAGAUCAAGGCAGUAGUGUUGAAAAUAGCUUGUGAAUUGUUGUCGUUCUGCUUUUUUUUCGAGUUCGAGCGAUAUUUGUUCUGGAAAAUUGCGAGAGGACUUGUAGAAGUUUGUAAUGUAACUAGUUAUAUUGGGAUGAUUUGAAUUGUCGAAUUAUUUGAAGAACUGUGGAGGAAUGCCUAUGGUUGAAUAACGGAAGCCUCGCAACUUUCAGUAACUAGAUAGCUAUAGCAGCGUUCCUUGCUUCACUUCUCGCGUGUGUGUGAGAUGUCGGGGGAAAAGUUUUAUAUAUUUAUAUAGCUAUAGCAGGGUUCCUUAUUUCUCGUAUGUGUGUGUUUAGCUGGGUUUUGUACGGUUAGUGUGUUCUAAUUAUAAUUUAUAUUGUUAUAUAUAAUCCGCAUUAAUAGAGAACUUCUCUACUGUAGGCUUUAGACACUCUUUUCCCUCUAAAUAUCUGUGUGUUUGUUGGUAGGGUUGUGGAUAUGGUUGUAAACGAACCGAUCUAGGAUUCUAAACGAGUCGAGCUGGUCAUUAAGAAACUCAACUCGACUAGGAAUAAAAAUGGCUCAAUUGUACCUAUCUGAACCCUCAUGGGAUCACAUAGAGGAUGAUGCGUCCGUGAAGCAGAGAAUAUCUCUCUUGACUAAGCUGGAAACAAUUAUCCUAUCACUGUUGUCAUACGGGGGUCGGUCUGAGGCUCGCUUAUGGCUCUGCAACACACUUUCAGGCAUGAGUUUAAUCAAUCCCCGCAACCAACAAGAGGUGUUUGUGAAGUUAUUAAGGUCUAAACCACGUAAGCUUGUCCUUGCGAGUCAGCUAUUGCAGAUGAUCUUUGAAAAGAGACCAGAAAGAGUUGGAGCUAUCUUAGCCAAGAAUUGUCACAUGCUAGAGAUCUUCUUUAGAGGACAUCCAGACCGUAUCAUCCAGUGGUUCUCCAGUUUUUCUGGGAGUGGCGAUUUGCAACAUAGAAAAGGUGCCAAGGCAUUAUCACAAUUUGCUUUCGUGAAUCGAGACCUCUGCUGGGAGGAGCUUGAAUGGAAAGGAAAACAUGGGCAAUCACCUGCAGUGGUUGCCACAAAGCCUCAUUAUUUUCUUGAUAUUGAUAUUCAACAAACUGUUAAUAAUUUCCUUGAAUAUGUGCCUGAGUUUUGGUCAUCCAGAGAGUUUGCUGAGUCAUUAGAAGGUGGGGAAAUCUUGUUUAUGGAUGUGAAAUUCUUUGUUCAGUUGUUUCUUGAUUUUAUGUAUAAAGAUGACUUGAAAGAGAUGUGGGAAGUCGUAGAUGAGUUUCUGAUGGAUGAAUCUUUCUCAUCUCUAUGUCAACACCUUCUUAUUGUUCUCGAAGAGAGAGACUUGCUUCUUUUCCUGAAAUUAAGCCGUAAGGUUCUUAAAUUGAAGAGGGAACAUAUAGAGACUGGUUCUUCAUUUUAUUGGUUUGAGAUGAUAUUAUCGAAGUUCAGCAUUUCCGACUCUAUGGAUGAGCUACUCCUGUUAAAUGCAGUUAUGAAUAAAGGAAGGCAGCUUCUCCGUCUUAUUUGUGAAGAAGAGGCACAUGAGGAGAAAAUGCAAAUUCAGGAUAUAGUGCGGCAGGUUUGUGAAUCCUCUUGCCAUCACAGCAGUUUGGUCCCACUUAUGUUAGAGUGCAUAAAAACUAAAUCCCUAAAUCCAAUUAAGUGGCUGGGGCUGCAGUCUUUUGCUCUUCAUUACAGAUUAUCUGAGGAAUCUCAGACUCGUGAUACUUGGGAAAUAAUUUUUCGAAGUAAUGGAAUAUUUUUUCGUAAUUCUGAAAACUAUCCAUUAUUAGAUCCUAGUGGAUUUUCUGAAGAUACUGCAUCUGAUUCAGACAAAAGAAAUUUAAUUGGAGUAAAACGCAGGAAGAAAGAGAAGCAUGGAAAGAAAAGGAGAAAACAUCGUGAUCAUGAUAAGAGCAAUAAUGCUUUGUUUGAUCUUGAUUUUUCAAACAAUAGUCCAAGUUUGUUAUCCCUGUCAAGUGGCUGGUUGCUCUCUACAGAUGGGUACUCUACUGUAUGGAACACUGUGGAUUUACCAGAACACCUAUCCAGGCAUUGCUUUUCUACAUGGCUGAAAUGGAUUUUCACAAAGUGGGAUAAUUCAGAAUAAUUUUUCAGCUUAAACUCUAGGUUCUAGCUGUCCUCUGCAGCAGAGAUGCUUCUUUGGUCAACAAUAUGAAAGAGAUAUUGAAGAAACUGGAUUUGGGAAAUUAAAGUACAUUCCCGUCUGACACAAUGUUGAAAAUCAUAUCAAUACAGGGUAAAGCUUAUGGUAAUAAACCUUACCUUGUCAUCACUGCUAUGCCACCCCAGCACUAUUUCUUCUACAAAGUCUGUAGCUGUUCGGAUGUUUAGUGAGAACAAGACUUAGGUUGCAGUAAAGCGAAUUGUGGAGCAGGCAGGCAGCCUGAUCUAAGAAAGAUUAGUAAUACAUCGACGGAAAUACCUAUCUAUGUAAUGAAAGUUAAUGCCUUCCUAAAGUGUGCCAAAAUGUAAAUAAGAUUAUGAAUUUGCCAUACAUUUAUAAUGAAUAUAAACAUACAUUGAACAUCCUAUGUAGGAAUUUUUUUU